ACAUGGCAGCGGCGGCGCGGCGGCUGCGGGCGGCGGCUCCGGCGGGGAGAGGCGGCAGGUGAGGAGCGGCACAGCGCGGGGAGGGGGGCGUUGCCCGCUGUCCGCCUUGCUGCCGCCGCGGGAGGGAUCUUCCUCACAGCCGGCUCCCCCUCAGCUGCCAGGCGGGGCGGUGGGCCGCCAGCAGGCCGGCGGUCGCCUCCCGGUACCGGAGCCAGGCAGCGCUCCUCCCACCCGCCUCGGGAGCCCCCGGCGGGGUGACAGCCCUGCCGAGCCCAAGCCAGCCCAGCCGCCCCGGCCGGGGCUGCGGAGGCAGCGGCCGCUCCCGCCUGGGGCCCGCUCGCUGCCGGGACGAAGAGAGGCGGGAGCCGCCACCCCCGCCCCAACCCGGCGCCCGCCAUGUGGAAGCUCAACAAGAGCAGCAAAGUUCUGCUGGACGACUCGCCCGAGGAGGAGGAGACGCGGCCCCGCGGCCCGCCGCCCGCCGCCGCUGCCGCAGCCUUCGCGGCCCCUCAGAAUAAAGACCAGUUUCUUCAUGAUGAAGUUUCAUCUUCAGUGUCACAACUUGCAACAAAGGUUCAAGGUGCAAGUUUCCGGGGAUGGAAGGAGGUGACGUCAAUGUUCAAUAAAGAUGACGAACAGCAAUUGCUAGCAGGAUGCAAGUCUCCCAAAUCCAAAGGAACAAACCUGAAGUUAAAGGAAGAGAUGAAGUCCGAAAAGAAGCCAGGUUUUUGGGACAGUUUGGUGAUAAAGCAGAAUGUCCCAUCUAGGAAACCAGAUGAGAUUGAGGGAUGGGAACCACCGCAGAUUACCACUGCUGACUCUACCAGCGACGCAGCAGCUACUUUAAGUGACUAUACAGCCUGGUCAGGCUGGGAAGAUGAAACCAAAGGCUCCACAAAAUACACAAACCUGGCCAGCUCAGGAAACAGCUCCAGGUGGAGCAUCAAAUCAGCUGGAAAGCUGGUUAGUAUUAGACGUCAAAGCAAAGGUAACCUUACUGACAACUGGGAAGAACUAGAAUGAUGCUGGUAAUGUGGAAUACUUUAUAGAUGAUAAGAGAAAGGUUCCAUGAUUUACUCGUGUGUUUAAACCAAAAUCAAAUCUGCUCAAUAUUGCACCUUUAUACAGUACUUUGUUUUAUUCAGAUUGUUACAAAUUUUUGCUCACCUGAUAUAAAUUUUCUUAUUACAUUGUUAAAUAGCUAUGUUUUCCACACUGAAAAAGGUAGAGAAUCUAUUUUGUGCCUAUAUUUCACAUUCAGACUCUGCAGUAUGUUGGAUUGUUGGUUUUACCAAAAAAAAAGUAAUUCCUUAGUGAAUGUAUACACUGGUUGUAAAUUUGACUGCCUUAUGUAGGAACUUCCACUAGCCUGAGGUCCUGUUUUUAUUCUGGUAUUUGAGGGCCACUCAAAAUUUUAGUUUUGAUGCUGUCCCUUUUUAACUAAGAAUAGCGAUCUGUUGCCUGCAGGGAGAAUGCUUAUACUUAGUAGACUGUUUUCCAAAUCUUCAGCCUCAGCGUAUGCUUCAGCUUGUGCACACAAGAUGCUCGACUGUCACAAUGUGCUAUACUGUGUAUGAAAUGGGAAAAUACUAUCCUAAGGUAAUUCCUUCCAUCACAGGAUCUUCACCAAUAGUCAGGUCAAAUGGGUCUUCCAGGGGUUUGGUUUUGGUUUUUAUUUUGAACUUUGUUUGACAAAGCUAAGCUUCUCAGUUUUUGAGAUGCUUGUUAAGCCAAAAUUAAAAAUGAUUGAAAAUUUGGAAAGCAGCAGUGAGUAGAGUAUAAAAAGAUCUCGAUAUUCAAUAUCUGUAGCCCUGAAUCUAGGGGUAAGUUGCUUCUUACGGAAGGGCAUGUGUUUUCAUUUUUACAAUAGCUGAUACUUGUUCUACAAACAACUUUUUUGUUUUGUACUGUAUUGUUCUCGCCCCCAACCCCAUAAGCAGUGAUUGCCAGAGUGAUACUCUGGCAUUUUCAGGAUAACUGAGUAACUGAGCCAUUGCAAGUAUGUGCAUGCACACAACUUCUGAAGCAUUUUUGUUAUAAAGCUCAGUCUUAUUAGCUACUGAUAUUUUAAUUUUUGGUAAAAGAAGGUGAAGUGUUAAACUUGAGAUUUGAAAUGUAUAUAAGAAUACUAAAAGUGCCUCUUUCUAGCAUAUUGUCUCUCAUUAGCAGUGCGGCUGAUGUCAGGUCCAAAGUUGGUUUCUGUUUUGUUUGUAUGACCUACAUAAAUACUACUUUAACAUUCAUGGAAAAAAAUCAAACCAAAAGUUUCAUAAACAGCCUGAACAGUAGGCCUUUUCUCUCUCCUGAUUGUUAAACUGGUAUAACAGAACUGAAAACUUGUUGACUGCCUAGCAAUAUGGCCAGUACAGUCAGAAGAUCAAGUUAGCAUUUUAGAGAAAAUCAGCGUUUUCACAAGAAAGCAUAUACCUUUAUAUAAUGGAUAUCUCGUAAACCUAUUUUUGCAAGAAGCUUGUGCUGGUGAAAAGGGAUGCAUGCCAUUUUCUUCUAAGCUUGUACCUUGUUUCUGUUACUGCCACGUGACUCCUUUGUUAGCUGUCUCUUUCUCCUCUCUUUUCCAAUUCAUGUAUAGUUUUCUGGCUUACGGUUCCUGCGUAGCUUUUUUUUUUUUUUCCUUUUUUUAUUGAGAUUCCUGUUGAGAUGUGCCUGGAGGGAAACUGUAGCAAAAUGGGUGGGGUUUUUUUUUGUUUGUUUGUUUGUUUUUGGGUUUUUUUUUCUGGUUUUAAUAGGAUGUUAAAAGACAUUGUUCUUAAGUUUACAUAAAAGAACAUCAGUGUUUUGUGCUACAAAACGGAAUCUUGUAAUGGCAAAUAUAUUUGUAAAAUUGGCAUUAUAUAUUUAAAAAAAUACUAAUAGAGGAGAAGGGGUUAGCAUUUAUAUCACGUCAUUUAGUCUGUGAGUAAACCCCGUAUUUGCCUUUGGCAGGUACGUAUGCUGAGGUUAAUUAUAGGAAAGAGGAUUCUUGGGUAAAGUAUGCUGCCUUUUAUAGUUUAUGGAGUACCCUCUAAGGCAUGAGCUAGUAUUUCGUUUGGUUGUUGGUGCUGACCUAAAAGAACAGAAAAAGAUCUGCUGGCAGCCCUCAAUAUUUUGCUGGGAAAGAUGGGCUGAGAACUUCUAAUUUCCCUCCUGAAGAAUCUAUUUAUACUGUGACCAGUAAAGGUUUUGCCUUGCACAUUUUACUGUCAAGUGCCUGUUUCUCACCUUGAUGAUGCGUUUGAUGCGCAGCUUAACUGCAACAUUUUUCAAUUUGUUUUUGAUUGUAUGAUAAAGAAGAUGCUCACAAAGCUGAAGCCUAUUAUAAAACAAAAUUACAUCUGAGUGGGAAAUCGAGAUAUGUAAACUUAAGGUUCAACUCCUAGUGAUGAAAGUUUUUGUGUGCUUUUUAGGUGAUAUUUCCUCAGAAAUAAUCGUUCUAAGGAUGAACAUUAUUAAAUUUAAUAUAAUUUAUUGUUAUGCUUUAAUAAUGUAUUUGUCUUUUGAGAACUCACUGGUGUGAGCUUUUCUUCUUUUAUGUUUAUAAACUUGUCUGAAUUUUCAGAAUGGGGUCCUCUUUUCUUUUACCUUCUUUAUGCUUAACUACAUUAUACAUUUAUGGGCUUAAGCUAUACACAGCUCCGUAUGUGGAAUAAGUGUAGAAUAUGUCCCUAAAUAUUUGUUUUGAAACUGCAUUUCAAUCUAUGUGAAAUGGUUUAGAAGAAGGUAGCAUUAAGAUUGUAUGAUAAGAUUGCACAAAAUAAAGUAUAGUUUAUAUUGCUUUCUCGUAGCCAAUCUGCAUGAUUGUUGGCGUGGUUUUAACGGGAAUUAAAAGCUUCAUGUGGCUGUAACUGGUCACUUAACUCUAAGCAAAGUUCUUUCUGAGUAUUUUUAUUUAUUAGCAUCAUUUGAAA